UGUCACAUUAUACAUCAGUACAUAUGUAUCGUGACAAGCAUAUUUGUUAGGAUAUCUAGUACACUUCAUUGAUUAAGUUUGUUAUGAAAGGAAAACUGGACGCUGAAAACCCAAAAUUUCCCAAACAUAUUUUCCCCCACUGAAAACCCCAAUCGAUGGCUCCCCCAAUCACCCCAAUCAUCCAACCAAACUCUUCUCCUCAAUCGGCAUCCCUCAAUCGCCACAAUCAUUCCACAAUCGUGACUAAAAUAUCCUGAAGCUCGUCUCCUCAACAAGUGAAAGCGAACAAAAGUAAGUAGCCAGACCCUCAACCCUCCCCUUCUUCUCGAUUUCGAUUAUUCGUUUGGAUUACCCUCAAUUUUGGUGGAUGCAUGUGUGUUCUUCCCUUUAUCUCGUUCAUGCAUGUCGUUUUCGUUUGAUUAGGCUAGGUAGUUUUCCCCUGCGCAAUCUGGUACUUGGUUUUUACUCGUCGGAUGUGAGGGUUUUCGGGGUUUAGGAAUAAAGCAGGGUCAGGGUUUCCUUUCUUCGAUGGAGUUCGAAAAAUUUCCUUUGAAUUGCACUAGAGACUCAAAUUCUGGGGAUGUUAAUUCCCUUUUGAUCGAUUUCAGUGUGCUAUCUGUUUGUCCAAGUUUAUCUCUCCCAUCUUCGUCCCGGCCAGCGUUGACGGAGACCAAAUGCGAGUCCAUGAAUUAUUGUAGUUAUUCGAUAUUAGAUCAACUCGAUUUCAUUGGGCAACCAUGAGGUUCAGCGUUACAAACCUGCAACAGAGAAUACGACAACGUUGUAUGCAGCUACGGUGGCGGCAACGUAGGGAAGGGAUAGGCGGACUCAUCGGAAUUCCAUUAAGAAGAUUGUUGCAAUCAGGAAGCCCUUUUGUGAGAUGGGCGAUCGAUUUACAACAGGUUUCCUUCGGCUCCUCAAUUGAGUCCUUCAUUCGGUACCUUCAAGCCAGUGAUAUUGUGGAGGUUCGGCGGAAGAGGUGAAGUUCGGCACCAUGGACGACGGAGGCAGUGGCGUGUCAUAUCUCUUCUAUUAUUGACCGGCGAGGGAAUUCAGGGUACCGCCAGUCCGCCACCAAUCAAAAAGCGGUGUAGAAUUGACGGAAAGGAGUUUCUCUCUUAAUGGAUGGUUUCAAAUUUCUAUGCCGUUAGGUUUAGAGAGAGUGAAGUACUAGGCUGGCGUGUAAAAAAUGAAAUUGACUCAACAAUUUCAGCUUACGUGGCUAUGUGGAUCUGGAAAAUAAUCAGUAAUUAAUUUCUACCGUUAGUGAUAGGAUGGAAAUUUGGAUGGAUACACUUAGAUUGUAUUAAGUGGUAUCGGAUGCAUUAAUUAGAAUUAAGUGUUAUGGCUUCACCAAAUAGAAAAAUUAAGUGGUAGCGGGUGUAUUUUACCCUCAAAAUUGUCAUUCAUUGUGAAAAUGAUGCACAACAAACUGUUAACAAAUCGCAGUGAUAAGUCCUUUAACUUGAAUUUGGAGUUAUUCAAGAGGGCUUUACCACAUUGUGAGAAUCUUCCAAAUUCAUAUUAUGAUGUGAAGAAGUAUAUUCAUAACCUUGGGUUUGGAUAUACUAUUAUAGAUGCAUUCCCAUAUGAUUGUGUAUUAUUUCGAGGUCCUCUUCAGAAUGCUAAAACCUGUCCAAAGUGUCAGAAAUCUAGGUUUAUACCCGCUAAAGGAAAGGAGAUUGCUGUAAAAAGAGCAAGGUACUUUCCAAUUAAGGAUAGAUUGCUUAGGCUAUUCAUAACUAAAGACAUUGCCAAAGAUAUGAGGUGUCAUAAGGAAAAACAUAUUGAUGAUGAUGUCAUAAGGAAAAACAUAUUGAUAGAGAUCACAGUUAGUUUGCUGCUGAUCUUAGAAACGUCUGACUUGCAUUGUUUAGUGAUGGUUUCUAUCCAUUUGGGAACAUGAGCUCUAGUUAUAGUAUGUGGUCGGUUGUGUUAACUCAAUACAAUUUACCUCCAUGGAUGUGUAUGAAGGAAUCUUUCUUUGUUUGUUGUUGUUUUGAUUCCUUGUAAGAGAUCUCCUGGAAAUAAUAUACAUGUUUAUCUAGAGCCAUUGAUAGAAGAAUUAGAUUUAUUAUGGAAGAAAGAGGUGAAAGCUUAUGAUGCAUACAAAAACCAAACUUUUACUCUACAUGUUGCAUUGUUGUGGACUAUAAAUGAUUUUUCAGCAUAUGGCAUGUUAUCUUGCUGGAGCACUAAGGGUAAACUGACAUAUCCUGUUGGGAAUGAAUAGCUUUGAAAGCUAUAUUGAAUUAAUUAUCCAGUAUUCUUUCUAUAUACGAAUAUAAGAUGGAUAAUUAAUAAAAGAAAUAUUAUGGAGAUAAUUAGGAUUAAUUAUCUUAAUAUAAUAUAUUUUAAUUAUGGGAGUAAUUAUCUUCCUAAUUAAAAUUUGACUUAUUC